CCAAGCUCUUCACUCCUCUGGGCCUCUUUCCCUUAUGGUGGGGAUGAGGUUAACUUGAACUGCUGGAACACAACGACGGAGAUGACAUCAUGGAUGAAGUUUAACAACCGUAACCUCAGCGCUGACGACUACUACCGUCAGUGGAGCGUCUUCCAGGAGAAGUCACGUCAGCUGCUGACGUCAGCCAACAACGAUGUUGAAGUCCCAGGCAUCGUGUGGACCUCACACCUGACUGAGAAGGGCCGAGUGGACCAGUACCUCAACAAUACUCAGUACAUCAUCCAGAUCUGGUCCACCGGGGAGGACCCGCUGAUCGCUGAACUCCUUAACAAGAAUUACCAAGUGAUCUUCAGUAACUACGACGCCUGGUACCUGGACUGUGGUGUUGGUGCCUGGGUUGGUGCUGGACACAACUGGUGUAGCCCUUACAAGGGCUGGCAGAAGGUCUACGACAACAACCCCCACGACAUAGCCCUAAACCUGACCGGGUCUGCCCACAAGGACCUGAUUCUGGGCGGUGAAGCGGCACUCUGGAGCGAACAGGUCGACGAAGCUUCCCUCGACGCUAAGGUGUGGCCACGGGGAGCAGCACUAGCAGAGAGGUUGUGGUCUAACCCACUCACUGACUGGUCAGAAGCUGAACACAGGUUUAUACACCAGCGUCAGAGACUGCUACAGCGAGGUGUAUUACCAGAGCGAAUACAACCAGAAUGGUGCCACCAGAACGAAGGUCUUUGUUAUAUUUAGACCCCUAAGUUAACCUCACUCUAACCUCUCUGUAACCUCACUCUAACCCCUCUGUAACCUCACUCUAACCCCUCUGUAACCUCACUCUAACCCCUCUGUAACCUCACUCUAACCUCUCUGUAACCUCACUCUAACCUUCUGUCAUGUUAAUGUCACUGUUAUGUUGAUGUCAUUGUAAUCCCCUGUUA